AUGUCUGAGUGUCAAAUUUGUUUGCUUCCUUGGUCGGAUUAAUUAAAUAAAUAUCCAAGAGUCCUAGAAUGUGGUCACACCUUUUGCCUAGAAUGCAUUUCUUAAUGUAUUAAAGUCAAGGAUACAUAGAGUUAAGAUUAGCCUAAGUUCAAUCUUAAAUGCCCAACUUGCAGAGAAGUUACAUCCUGCGUUUCCUUAAACUCAUUGCGCAAGAAUUACUAAUUAAUUGAACUAAAUAAAUUAUACCUAUAACAGUAGAGCAUGUAUGUCUAGCAUGGCAUGAAUCAACAGCAAUUAAAUAAUAAGAGAAUCCCACUUUCUGAUAUAAGCAAUAGCCUAAGAAGUGAUUAGCAAUUUGAAAUUCAAAGGUAAAGAGGAAUUUCGAAAGAGAACAAUCAGAGAUCUAAAAAUGAACUGAAUAUCAGAGAAAGGAAUAAAUCAAGAGAUUUUGAAAGAAGCCCUGAAGAAAGUAAACAUGAAAUUAGAAAGAGAGAAGCGAUAAGCUCGAGUGGUUUAGACUUUGAUGAGAGUGAAUAUGACAACUUCAAAAUUGAAAAGCCUGACAUCAUGCAAAUAAAAACUCAAGCUAAAAUUGUUAAAUGCAAAGAGAUCAAAGAACUGCCAUCAAUUUCAUAAAUGAGAGGCCCAUCCAGCAAUCCUCAUAAUGACCCAAUAUUUAAUGGUUAUGGCUAUUACAAGUUUUCUGAACGAGUUUCCUAUGAAGGUGAAUGGAAAAAUGGUAAAAGACAUGGUUUAGGUUAUCUAAUGAACCAAGAUAGUGGAUGGGAUUUCUUAGGAGAAUUCUAAGAUAAUCAUAUUCAUGGAUUUGGAAAGUAUAUUUGGAACAGUGGUGAUGUUUAUAUAGGUUUUUUCACUCACAAUGAAAAAAAUGGGUUUGGAAUAUAUAAAUGGCAAAAUGGUUCAGCUUACAAGGGCUUUUGGAAAAAUAAUAAGAAACAUGGUCUUGGAGAUUACACUUACCCUGACAAGAGCUAUUACUACGGUUAUUAUAGUUAUGAUAAGCCAGAUGGAUUAGGAUUAUAUGUCUGGCCAGAUGGUAAUUACUAUCAAGGUGAGUGGAAAAAUGGAAGCAGAAGUGGAAUCGGGUACUUCAAAUGGUCUAAAAAUAAGGCACAUUAUGUGGGCUGGUUUAAAGACAACUUCCUAGAUGGUAAAGGAGCUUUUCAUUACGAAGAUGGAUCUUAUUAUAAAGGAGAGUUUGUGAGAAACAAAAGAGAUGGAUAUGGAAAGAGUGUCUGGUCUGAUAAGUCUUAUUACAUUGGCUAUUGGUCAAAUGGAGAAAAAGAUGGAAUUGGAAAGCUUGUUUCACCAGCAGGAGAUGUUACUGAGGGUAUAUGGAAAAAAGGUAAAAGGUUAUGA